CCGGGUCGAGUGUUGGGUCGACAUCUUCAGGAAAACAACGAAAAAUCAAGGGGGACACCUUCGACAGAAUAGACCUUCUUGGAUCGCUGAUAGACUGGCAGAAUCAUCCAGAAGCGUUGGACUCGAUGCCGUUCUCUCCCUUGGUAGGACAGAUACAAGACUGGGUGAAUGAAGAGUGCCUGAAUAAACGCUACGAUGCUCGGCGGAAAGCCUUCCAAUCGUUCUACCUUCUGGCAUGUGAAUGCGAAAAGCUAGGGAAUCUUGCAAGUUCUCAGGCCAUCGCCCGCGCUCUUUGUGGGGGAUACAUUCGGAAGUUUAACUUUAUUCGGGCCCGUGCUGAAAAGUCAGCCGGAGGUUCGGAAGGGCUCCGCGAGGCACUGCAACGCCUUUCUGAACCCCUCGACACAGUCCCGGCAAUAAUUCCUCCGUUAGACUACCGAUUGCGACGACUUCUACCGGUGUUCCGCGACAUCCGGGAUAAUGCUGCCACGAUCAAUUGGGAGGCUUGCAAGCUGUUCUAUCAAAAUUUGAAGCUGGUCUUUCAACAGCUCGUUCCUGCUUCUCCGGAAGCCAAUGUCCCUGAGUCGUAUCAUAGAUUUCUUCACGACAGGAUGUACCAAGCGUCCUUGAAUCGCUCUAACCACCAGAAUCUCAGUGAGCUCCUCUUCGCAGAUGAGGCCCGCGAACUGCACCAAAUGAGAGCUGGCGCCGGAUUCGGAUUCUGACAACCGAGUUGUGGUGCCUUGCCACAUUACCCCUAAUCUCACUGUUCCUCGAAUUCAUUUGUUCUUUUGUUUGCACAUGGUCUCAGCUUGAUCCGGCCUACUUAGAUAACAGCCUGAAUUCCAGAA